AUGGCCAAUUUGGAGCAACAUCAUUCCUCUUUAAUGACAGCCAACAAGGAGAUGUCACCUCGCGAAAGACGACGAAAUCAGGAUUCCAAGAGAGAAUCGCCAAGUGGCCCGAGCAACUGGAAUAUAAACCAAAUCAACCGCAUCAACACGAUCGUAUCAAUGGUCCCAGACGAGAUUAUUUAUCGACAUACGGACUAUUCCGUAAGGAUCUAUGAUACUGCGCUCAUGUUUAUUGAUGUCUCGGGUUUCACGGACCUAUGUGAGGCUUAUACAAAAGUGGACCAAGGUGGACCUUCAAGGUUGACGCAAGUUCUCAACUCGUACAUCGGAGCCAUGGUCCAGGAGAUUUUGACCCACAACGGAGACGUGUUAAAUUUCUCUGGUGAUGCCUUCCUGAGCAUGUGGAGGAAAUCCUCUGUAGUGAGUAUGCAGGAUGUGGUGCACACCGCGAUUGAUUGUGGACUGAUCAUACAGAAGAAUUAUGGACGACAUCUCACUGAUACUGGCAUUGUUUUGAAAGUAAAAGUUGCGAUAUCAGCGGGCACGUCCCACUUUGCCAUGAUUGGCGAUGAGAACAUGUCCCACUACGUGAUUGUGGGCCAGCCCGUGUGGGACGUCAAGAGAGCGGAAUACAUGAGCUCGGCGGGCGAUGUCCUUACCUCUGCCAGUGUUUGGAUGUAUGUGAAUGAAACUGAGUAUAGUACGCAGUCUUGUGGUGAUGGAGUACAUACUAAGGUAUUGAGUAUCGGAGUUGGCUGGAAGAGAGUGGAUAAAAUUGAUUACACUUAUGGACCUUCGUCAGAUACAAGGCGAAGAAUUCAAAUGCUGUCCAAUUCGGCAUACUCUUUAGAGGGCAUAGGGAGUAAUCAAUCCAUAGACAGCACAUUUAAUUACAGAGAAUAUUCACUCCGUCCAGCAGUGAUUGCAGCCCUGGCCCACAGCACCUGGUGGCCAGAACUUCGUCGAUUCAUGGUAACUCCUGUACUCAGAGCCGUGGAUAACGACGAACCUAUGGACUUCCUUACGGAGAUCCGUAACGUGGUCGUUGUAUUUCUCAAUAUUAAAACGCAGACUGUGACUGAGGAUGUGCUUAUUUCCAUCGUCGAUAAUGCUUACAAGACGGUUUAUAACAUUUCAUCCCAAGCUGGCGGCCUUGUGAACAAAGUGUCAAUGUUCGACAAAGACAUGAUGUUCCUGGUUGUGUUCGGCCUGCGAGGCUUGAAACAUGAGGAAGAGGCCCAGGAAGCGUUGUUAUGCGCUUACUGCUUGAAGGAAACACUUGUUGAUCGUAAUAUUAUUAGUGUCUCUAUUGGUGUUACUUCAGGAAGAACAUAUUGUGGCGUUGUAGGUCAUGUAUUGCGACGAGAGUACACCGUCAUUGGACAGGCUGUCAACAAGGCAGCGAGACUAAUGAUUGCCUACCCAAAUAUCGUAACAUGUGAUAAAGAAACGUUCGUGAGUAGUAAACUGGAUCUAGAUUUCUUCAGACUGAUGGAAUAUAAAAACCUGAAAGGGAUUAAGAAGCCAGGACCUGUCUAUGAAUUUAAUAAGUCAGGGUUAAGUGACGGGUGCUUUCGACACCCGUUACUCGAUCGCAGUGAGGAACUACGACAGUUCAAGAGAGUCCUGCAAAAUGCGAUUGAACAUGAACACGAGCAGUUUACUAGAUAUCGCGAUCACAAAUACGCAAUUGCUCUUACGAUGUCCCCCUUAGAAUUGUUCGCGUUAAACACAAUCUUCGAUUGCCAAUUCCCGUUGCCCGAAAACUACACUUACACGGGCGAUUUGCUUGCUGAACUGAGCGUCAGGGUGAUGGUCACAAACAUUUGUAAACUGCGCUUCUCGUCUCUACAUAUUGUGUUUAUAAGGAACGCGGAGUUUAUUGAUGACGAAUCAUGGCGUAUUCUGAUAAUACUUUUGAAUGCAAAAUGCUUUUUCCUAACAAUUUCUAUAAAUGACGAAAAGAUGGUGACAACGACUGGAAAAAAGUGCUUAUCCAACAGUAUGAUAGUAAAUAUGCUCCUUUCUGGUAUCGAUCGAUGGUACCAUGCGGCACUGGCAUGUCAAUUGCUGGACGUGCAAGCGAUUCCAGCGGAUUUGGAGAAGGUGAUAGAAAGCGCAAGCGGUGGACUACCUGGUUGGGUUCAGAACUUUGUCAUUUCGCUCAUCCAACGAUUACAGUUGACAGUUGUUACUGUCUCUCGAAGUGAGGCAAUGGAAUCUGGAGCCGUUAUGCCGUCUCCUGCUUUACUGACUACCACUGUCUUUGCACAUGAAGAUGAGUCACACUCGUAUCCAAACAAACGAGAAAGUAGUCAUGAUUUGGAAAAGAUACAAAUGGCUGUACUUACAGACGCUAACAAUUUUAGCAAUUUCGAAAACAUUAUGAUGGAUAUUGAAAUGGACGUAAUAAUACUGAAGACGUACGAUUCCUUAUCGUCUUUUGAAAAAAUGCUUCUGAAAUGUGGCUCAGUGUUGGGCGAGAUUUUCUCUCGCAAAAUGCUCCUUCAUUUGUUGCAGAGUGAUAGUCAGAUUAAAAUCGCUAAAGCUGUAGCUACGCUCUUUGAAAUACGAGUGCUAGAAUGUGAAGGCGGAGACUUUACCCGAGAUACGUCUAUGAUUCUAAUUCACCCCGCACCUAUUGUUAUACCAGCGAUAAAUCCUCCACAUUGCUCUUGUUUGGGAACGAGAAUACCACCAAGCUGUCAAGAACUUCCUGCAUACGCCUUCUGUGGAUAUAUGAAGUUUCGACAUACUCUAUUCAGAAAGACUACUUACGAAAUUUUAACAGAAAAUCAAAAGCGAGAACUUCAUGAAAGAGCUGUCCAGUUUUUAGAGCGUUAUACACGUCGUUGUAUUUCUUGCGGCGGAGGAUGUUUCGUUAAACUCUUUGGUGUUGUAAUUGACGACUGCACGCGACUGUACCAUGAAUUUGAUUCAAUACAGUUCGUUAUAGAAUUUCAAAUUGACAUUUCCGAGAAUGACAAUGUGUAUAAGGAACUUGAGUUUGAGCAACGGUACUUCAUGACAGUCUCCAGUGCCCGUGACAUGCUGAGCGGAAGCACCUCUUCGGAGUCAGGCGAAGGCGAAUCAUCAAGUGCAGGUUCUAAGCGUGGGCUAAGCUUCAAGUCACCUAUCGGAAUGGUACCUGAAAAUAAAAAGGUACAGCGAGUUCGUCAGCAAAUCUCUGCAUUGGCCGCUGAAACAAGAAAGACGUGCGGAACCAUUUCGCCUCGCCGCAGCACUCCUAAUUGUUCGACAAUUCUAGUUGAAAAACAGCCAAACGUCCAAAGAACAAAAGUUCAAGAAAAAACUCGUACGCGGAAUUCUAUGAACGAACAUAAGAUGCAGAAGGGUGUUAGAUCAUUCUCCUCAAUGGAUGUAGACAAUUGUGAAUGCACGCCCAUUCUGUUAGCAGCGUACAGUCAGGCGAUAGACCACUACCGUGCAGUUGGUGAAUGCGAAAAAUUAGUCGAAACGUGUAUGGAAUACAGCUACAUAAGUCAAAAAAAUCAGAACAUACCAGAGGCUAUUAAACUUUUAACGGAAGCAGAAGAAUUUGUUAGUAAAAUCUGCACCAAUAAACUGUUAUGUCACACAUCAUGGAUAAAAGAUCUGCGACUUGCUCAAAUUCAUACCGAUCGAGGGCAAUGCAUGUUGGAGUCGUGUGAAUACGACGAGGCCCAAAAACAUUUGAUGCAAGCCCUGAAGUUGCAUCACAUCUCGUUCCCGACCAACGCAUGCAGAAUAAAACUACAAGAUAUAAAGGAAUCUAACCAUCAGUGGAUGGCAAUGUGCAUGCCUCGAUUUUACAUCGGUGUGGAGAAGGGAUAUAGAGCCCAGUAUUUCGAAUGCGUUGGUAGAACGAUGAGCACAUUGUAUAACUUGUUCGUACUCCGAAAAGAGAAAAUGGCGCAAUUAGCUGCAAAAUGGUCUCUAAAUUACCAAUGGAAAAGUAAUAGCAAUUUUAGGCAGUUGUGCAUGUCUUACUCUCAAAUGAUCACCGUGUAUAGGAAAGAACAUAAACAUUCAAAGUGCCUGAAAUUGAAGAAGAUGGCUAUGGAAAUGUGUCACCGCAAAAAAGGUAAACUAGAUGUGACUGAAGUAUACGCCGUGGUCUCGCUCUAUACAAGCAUAUUCCAGUUUUAUGUGGGAAACGACAAAAACCUGGAGGGUCUAGAGUUUGGUCUAACAGUCAUUCCGUUGGUGACCAAUAAAGCGGACCUGGCCACUACUCAAAUGCUGGCGUCAGAUCUACUUAAGAUGCUCCUAUCUGAUCUUCGGAUCUAUGAGAUGGUUGUGAUUAUGAGGGAAAUUUUCUUCACGACUGACCAUUAUAAUUUGAGCUCCGAGACCUGGUACUACUACUACGCAAUUGUGAUUCUCCUGGACACUGGUCACUGCGUAGAAUCGUACGCCUCUUGCGAAAAGUUCUACAUUAGAAACGGCGACGCAAUCUUCAGAUCCAAGACUCCUGAAGCGGCGUGGAACUACUUCGUCUGCAUCUGGCUGGUCACAGUGAGACUAGGAGCAUGGGAAAGAUCCAUUUUAUGGGAAGAAAAAAUAAGGCAGCUGUACACAAUAUACACAAAGGAACCACAUGAGUUCAGUACCAUGUUACUUACUAGAUUAAUUGAGGGGUUCCUUAUUACCUUGGUGAGAGAGAUCGACCAUGGAAACAUGAAACAGACUAUAAUAAUAAUUAAUGCCGUGGAGACGAUGUUCCGACAAAUAAAAAAACCGACUCGGCAGUCAUCUCUAUAUAAGCCUCGUUCGGGCAUUCACAUGGGGACGGCUGACUGUGUGGAAGAAGAAGAUGGAAGAAGACAGCUUGAUUUUGAUUGCCUCUCCCAAUCGGAAACUAACCCAUCUGAAUUCGAGACUACCCGAUCGGAUCGAUUCCGCAUUGAAUCGAAAUCAGGACUCAGUUACAUGUAUUAUCUCUUACGUGCAUACUAUGAAUGUAUUCGAGGACGAAAUAGCAAGGCAAAAAAGAAACUGAACAAAGCCUAUGAUCUUGCAAAACAAAACGGACAUAACGUUAUAUUAAUUUGGAUCAAACAUAUUCGUAAACAUUGGCAGGGUGUUCUGAGUAACAAUUUGGUAGAUUUCUGGACAAAUCACAUUGAAACUGAUAAUUUGCUGGAUUACACGGACUUUGACCCGCUCAAAACUCAAAUUGUACCUUACACGUUGCCAUUACCAAAAGAUUUUGGAUAA